AUGCACGAAUGCUCAGACGGAGAUCAAUGUCGUGUUUGGACUUGUAAAGCAUUGCAUCCGAAUAGUCGUCCGAAAGCUUGUUUCUUCGGAAAACGGUGCUAUAACACUGCAUGUCUAUGCUUACAUCCACCAGACAGAGAAGUAUGCCCGAAUGGUGAUGAGUGCACUGAUUUCCAUUGUCAAUUCGAUCAUUCGCCGAGUCGUAUCAUGCGAUGUGAUGAAGGAAGUACAUGUAGUAAUUAUUUUUGUGAGUGUCUGCAUCCGAUCGAUUGGGAUCCAUGCGAACAAGGGAGUGAAUGUGUAAAUGCUAAUUGUUCUCAUGCUAUUCAUCCACAGAAUCGCAUUUCACCAUUUCAGAAAAAUCCAAUCAAUACAGAAAGACAAAAGCACAUAGGUCCACUGUUGAAAUCCGUUGAGCAACGUGACAUUGAACGAGGGCAAGCACAAUUACCUAUUCUUGCUUCCAAGAACGAAUUUUGUCGCCGGUUGAAAACAGAACGAAUACUAGUUGUUACAGCAGCUACCGGUAGUGGUAAAAGUACACAGCUGCCGCAAUAUGCUGCUGAAUAUUUUGGUGGACUCGUCAUAUGUACUCAACCGCGAGUCAUGGCGGCAAUAUCUCUGGCACGUCGAGUAGCCGAUGAGUAUGAUGGGACAUCGGUGGGUAGAUCUGUUGGAUAUCGAGUAGGUCGUAGUAGUGGUAUCAAUAACAAGAGUCAUGUUCCCGGCACAGAUAUUAUAUUCAUGACAGAUUCGGCACUAAUUCAAGAGAGUCAACAAGAUCCACGAUUGAACAAAGUAAAAGUUUUGAUCAUUGAUGAAGCUCACGAACGUGCGUUAAAUACUGAUAUUGUCAUCGGUAUAGCAAAACUUUUACUAAGCGCCCGUACUACAGACUUCUACGUCGUUAUUGCUUCAGCUACUAUUGAUCCGAUCAAAUUUCUAAAUUUCUUUGAUCAAAUCAGUGCUCAAGUACUCAAUGUUCCCGGUCGUAUCUACGAUGUAUCUGUUGAAUACAUUCCUAAAUCUGACGAUUUGACUGAUGUAGAACAUGCUAUUUCGAUCUUACUACAGUCAUAUGAUAAACAUCAAGGGCAUACGCUCAUAUUUCUUCCUGGCCAACGAGAAAUUGAACGAGCUCUUGAAAUUUUUAGUCGUAAUAUACCCGACAAUUGUGUGGCAUUACCAUUGUAUGGAUCUCUCUCACCCGAAGAGCAGGACAAAGUGCUACGAUUUGACGACGGCCCCACUGAAGAACGUCGAAUGGUCGUUUUUUGUACGAAUGUGGCGGAGACAUCACUUACUAUAAAAAAUACUCGUCUCGUGAUUGAUGCUGGCUUAGCAAAAGAAGCUCGUUUCGAUUCUAAGCGUCGUCUUACUGUCAUCGAAACAGUACGAAUAUCUCGUUCAUCUGCCGAUCAACGUAAAGGUCGAGCAGGUCGAACAGCACCUGGACAUUGCGUUCGUCUUUAUCGAACUGAUGAUUUAACUCGUCUCAAUAUUGAGCCUGAAAUUCUUAGAUCUUCACUCGAUCUGGUUGUUCUGCAGCUUGUGCGCUUGCAAUUCACGCCGCAGAAGUUUCCUUUUAUGGAUCUACCUUCAUCUGGGACAGAAUUCAUCGAAAAGUCACUACAAUUGUUGAAAGACCUUUCGUGUAUUGAUAUCAAUAAUGCCAUCACUUUACGAGGUGAACUUUUUGUUGAACUUGGUCUUGAUCCUCGUUUGAGCGCUUUCAUGGUCGAUACCUAUAUCGAGCAUAGUCCCAUUCUUAAUGUCACAACAGCCAUCGUCGCUAUUUUAACAGCACCUGGAUCUCUAUUCUUUAUGGGAGGUGCAACACAAGAGGCAAAACAAGAUGCUCGUGGUCGAAUAGCCCAAGGUGCUCAGGAAUACGGAAGCGAUUUGCUUUAUUUCGCUUCAGUAUACGAAAAAUGGAAAAGCGUUGGCAUGAUUGAUUCUGGCACACACAUGUGUGUCAAAUGUCAGAAGGUAAUCAAGAGAAAUAAUUCAUGUCGAUCAUGUCGAGCAGCAUACAGUGUUGAUAAUGCUUUAAACAACAAAGUUCUCAUUAUUAUCGAGAGUAAAUGCGAUGCUUCGAUCAAAACAAUGACAAACAAACGUUGGAAACUCAAUCCUCGUAAUUUAAUGGAUGCAAAUCAGAGUAAUAUUAUCGGUAUACAUCUUUUUAGAAAUUUUCCUGAGCAAUAUGGUCAUAUACUUGUACCACAUUUGCCUAAUGAAGGUGUUUGUAUGGUGGUAAAUGACUUUCGUGCACGUAUAACUAAUACCAGUGUGUUUGUACAGCGGCGACUUGAUAGUGCUUAUUUUGUCGCUAUGUCAAUCACACAAUUAUCUUCGGGUGAGUAUGUCAUUGAACGGCUACAUCCAAUUAGUCCACCCGAAACAGCUAGUUUGAAAGUGAUUAGAAAUCUUAGCGUCUUCAGUCACGUUGGUUGGGAAUUAAAUGUCGAAAUCCGCAAACAAGCCAACAAUUUCAGAACUGAACCAUGGAAUAAAUGGCUUAUCUAUGAGUAUGAUCGUCGUCUAUGCAAUCUUACUGUGUGGGGUGAAGAAAACAUGCAAGACUCUAUCAACCGUACCCUCACACCUAUUGUUCACAAUACACUUGACUCUCUUUUGGCUCGGAAUCGUUCCUUAGAUUGUGGCCCCAUUCGAGCAUCAUUCGAAAGUGGUCUUCAUUGUCUGCGGAUCGAAAAUAAGCACGCUAGUACUAGCACAAAAAAUCGACUUGAUCUUCAUCGUGUUCCCUGUAAAACGUUCGACGAACUCUAUGAAUGGCUUCAUAAUAUGCUCCAUGCACGUCGACAAGACAUUCGUGAAAAUAAUUUCCAACCAUGCAAAGAACUCGUCAUGAAUGAAGAUAAUUAUGAAUCUCCUCCUUUCUUCGUUGUCUUCGACUCAGACGAACCAUUCAAACGCGCUUUAUUGCAUUUGUCACCAUUCAAUGUCUAUCCUCAAAAAGCAGACGCAUUCGACACCGUACACAUGAAUGAAAAAGAGACAUGGGGUCGUCAACUACUUCUCACAUUCAAGAAAGACACACUCUUCUCAGAGGAACGGGUGAAAACUCUACUUAAUAAAGACAUUGUUAGCUGCAAGCAGAUAGGUAAAAAGCUAUUGCCUGGUCUUCAAUUAAUAAAUAUGCCUACGUCUGUUGACAAAACACUUAUUCAAGGUGCACUGGGAAAUAAUCUCGUGCCGGUACGUAUAGAUAUUUAUUAUUCGGAUAAAGAUAAUCCUAGGAUGGGUAGCUCGUCAGCGCGUGUUUAUUUUGAAACAAGAGAACAAUGUCUUGACGCGCUGUCUCGUCUAAGAUCUAGCUCAUUGCUCAAACAACAUUCAAUUAUUAUUCACUCGAAGAAAAUUCGUCAACUCAAGAAGAUCCCUGCCGUUCCUUCUAUACAAGAACUCAAAAUUGAACCACAAACAUUUUUGAUUACGGCAAUCAGUCGUCAAGUAGCACUCAGUAUUUACUCACGAUCAACGUCGCAAUGGACAGUAAAUAGUUCAGCGUGCGUGACUGUCACUUAUCAUGAGUUAUAUCCGGAUUUCUAUGCAUUGCUCGAAGCCAUCAGCACCCGUUUCCAUACGAAAAUUGAAAAAAUAUAUAUUCCGCAAAAGAAUAAUACUUCGAAGGCUAUCCGCUGCAUCUUUACGGAUACGAGCCCGCCAAAAACAGCAUUGGCUGCUUCAAUCUUAAGCCAAGCAACUUCACCGAUUCUUAUCAAGUUGACAGAUGAUCGACAAAAACAUUUGUUUAAUGAAUUAUUCAACGAGAACAUCAUUCAAACAUGGGCAAAUGAACUGAGAUUGCUAUGUGAGAAGAAAGACAAAUAUGGAACUGUCAUCGAAAUUCGUGGCCCUCAAAUCGAACAAGGUCAAUUGAUGCGUCGUAUUGCUGAUUAUAGCGAUGAUUUUGAUGACCGAUAUCGUGUCCUUGAUCUUAAUGCUGUUAUUAUUGGCUUUUUUGGUCGUCAAAAAGCUGCAGACGUUAAAUUACGAGAUAUGAAUUCUAUAUGGGCACAAAAAGGAUGUACUGUGACAUUCGAACGUAGAACAAGUUCCAUCAUUCUCUAUGCACAACCCAAAGUAUCUGCAGAAAUGAUACGUGAUUGCGAGAGUGAAGUGAAACAACUAUUAGACAAAUUAGCAACAGCAAAUUCUGAGGAUGAGCAACAAAACGAUUUUGCACGCGAAUGUAGUUUUUGUCGACGAAUCAUGGUUGCAACACGUACUUUUCGUAUUUGUGGUCAUGCUUAUUGUCGGUGUGCAACAAAUAUGUUAAACAAGAUUCCUCUAGAGUGUCCCACUUGCAACUACAAGAUUCAUAUUCAAGAUUUACAAGAAAUGUAUAGUAAUAAUCGUGCGAAUUUUACACAAUUGUGUAAAAGAUCCAUCCAAGCAUAUUUAUUAUCGUCGACAAAUAAGAUAGAUAAUGAUUAUCUAUUCUGUCCUAAUGAUGAGUGUGAUGGUCUAAUUAGCCGUAGUCGAGGCUAUCAAACAUGUCUGACAUGUGGGCAAGGGGUAUGCGGAUUAUGUCGUUUGAUUGAUGAUGAACUACAUGAAGGUCGUACAUGUGCUGAACGAAAUGAAGCUCAAGAAAAAUUAGGCGACUUUAUACCACAACUUUUCAAAACAACUGAAGAAUUUACUCGAAACAGUUGGCCAAUCGAACUACCAUCCAUCAUUCGUUUCGAGAGAAAUCCAUAUUUAUUGGAAAAAUCGUGUGAAUCUUUGACCCGUUUCUAUAAAGGUGUCGAGUCUAUUGGAAACAAGUCACCACCUGAUCUAGCGCGGGGCAUUUUUGCCUUUCAUGGUACUUCGGUAGAUGCGAUCGAGCCGAUAUGUAAAUCAGGCUUUGAUCCUUCGCGUCGUCGUGGGCAAGUUCAUGGUCCUGGUGAAUAUUUUGGUAUCACAGCAGCGAUUUCACAUGGGUAUUGCAAGAGAAGUAACGCAUCAACUAAUAAUCAAACGAUGAUAAUCGCUUUUAUUCUGCAGUGUGAUAGAGUUACAACGAAGCCUGGUUUUUGCUAUGUAGUUAACAAUCCAAUCGAUUGGUCAGCUGCUUUCAACUUACCGGUAGCAGUUGUCACGUACGGUAAAGAUCGUAGCGAUCAUGCCUCAUAUUUUGCGAUUGCGACCACCUCGUCUAUUCAGUCUGACUACCUUUCAUCGAAAAAGACAUGGCAAUCACUUUUCCGCUGGUUUUGGCAACAAGAUAACGGGAUGUUUGAACCAUACAAUGAUGUGAUAAACGGUAUCUUGGAACAACUGUAUGAGAAUUGGCAACUAGGAAAUGGACCAUCAAAUGGCAUGACACCUCCAUUAAUACGCUACGUCGACGACACUCCACAAGCCUACCUAGUCGACUUUGAGAAAAAAACACAACGCAACGCAGAAACUAAUUUUUUGCGUCGAAUCGAACGUCAUCGUCUGCGCCAGUUAGAGAUUGAAACUUCACGAAACUGGUUUUAUGUCAAUGAGCAUAAUAUAUGGACUCCUUAUGAAUCUAUGAUUCAACAAACAAUCGAAACAGCUUACCAAAUGUAUGCGUCCGGACAAGGACAAAUGACAGUUAUUAUUCGAUUUCCGGGUCGUCCCGAACAGUACGAACUUAAUUUUGUCACUGGGAGACAAAUGAACAUGAUCACUGGAGAAAUUCGGCUGAUCUCAAGAGAAUAG